AUGCCGGCGCACGCAGAGCGGAAGGCGGACAGCGUUUGCCUCUACGGGAUGAAGCUCACCUGGGACAUCAACGAUCCUCAGAUGCCUCAGGAGCCAACCCACUUCGACCACUUCUGCGAGUGGCCCGACGGCUACGUGCGCUUCAUCUACCGCGGCGACGAGAAGAAGGCGCAGCGCCACCUGAGCGGCUGGGCCAUGCGCAACACCAACAACCACAACGGCCACAUCCUCAAAAAGUCCUGCCUGGGCGUGGUGGUGUGCGUGCGUGCCUGCGCCCUGCCCGACGGCUCCCGCCUGCAGCUGCGGCCGGCCAUCUGCGACAAGGCGCGCCUGAAGCAGCAGAAAAAAGCAUGCCCCAACUGUCAUUCCGCUUUGGAGUUGAUACCCUGCCGAGGGCACAGCGGAUACCCUGUCACCAACUUCUGGCGGCUUGAUGGCAACGCCAUCUUUUUUCAGGCCAAGGGAGUCCAUGAUCACCCCAGACCAGAGAGUAAAUCAGAAACGGAAGCUAGAAGAAGUGCCAUCAAGAGACAAAUAGCCCCUUCUUACCAACUCCAGAAAAAGGCUAUUAGAGAAUCUGAGGAAGGAGAGAAUCAAGACAGCCAUGGACAUUACAGCAACAUAACUCCUCUGGACAAUCCAAAACAGCUUGAUGUAAUUAUUGAAACUGGCUUCCCUACUCCAGGGCGGCCUUGCCCUUCCUUCCCAAACUCUGAUGCUUACAAAACUACCCAUAACCUAGCCACCUUCCAAGGAGACAUAACACCAGCCUUUCAGAAAUAUCCAAAUCCAAGGAUCUAUUUGCCCAUGCCACCUUGUAGCUAUGAAUUGGCAGGCCCUGGUUACACUGAUUCGAGCCCAUGUCCCAGUCUUUAUAAAGAUUCAGCUGAUAGCCCUAAUGACACAGACUGGACUCAUCUGAAUGCCCUACAGUAUAAUGUCAAUUCAUGCAGCAGCUACGAAAGGAGCUUUGAUUUCAGUAGUAAACCACAUGGCUGGAAACCAGCUCUUGGAAAACCCAGCCUUGUGCACAGCGCUGACCACGGACAGUUCCAGGCCAUGGCCACUUACCCUUAUUACAACCCAGAGCAUCCCUGCAAGUACCUCGGGGCUCCCUCACCAGCUGCCCCAGCCCUACAGACCGUCAUCACCACCACCACCAAAGUGUCCUAUCAGGCCUACCAGCCUCCUGCUCUGAAAUACAGUGAUAACGUGCACCAUGUCAAGAGCUUCGCGAGCUGUAGCUAUGAAAAUGCCCCAGUGUCCAUCUAUCCAGAAGUCCUAGACCUUCCAGCUCCAGACACCAGGACAGCCUCUCCAGUGGGGCCACUUCCUUUGAAAGUCCCCGAAGAUUGUCAGGUAGUCAGAUCCACUUUGGCCCUUCCUCAAGAGCCAGCUCCCUCCAGGGCAAACCGAGCAGAAACUUGGGAUGUGUAUCCAUCUGGGCUGGGCUCGGCAGUCAGUUAUUCAGACAGAGUCGGUCAGUUCCUUGGCUAUGACAAUGCAGGCUUUUGA